AUGAUCGGUCCUGAUGAUAGAUUCUUCGGCCCCAGCGGCGCCAUUUAUCCUGGAGGCCCAAGCACCUGGCCCAUCAUCGACUGGCAUCAGCGGCGCCUCGUUUCAGUCACAAUGGACGAGGAGCUGGAAUCGGAAGAUCCUGCCACUGAACAGCUUGUCAAGCACAUUGACACCCUCGCACCCGUCGUCUAUGCAACCCACGUCUCCUCUAGCAACGGCGGCUCAAUAUCGACGUCGACGGAUCCAGAGGAUGACGAGACACGCUGUGUUUACCACCCCGUCUCAGAAUUCCGCCGGGUGCUCAGGGAAUGGUGUGACAGGCGGCGAGCCCGUAAACAAAUCGCCGUCUACACAGAGGCGCCUGGUUUCCUGGACUGGCCACCGCUUCCCGAUCCAUCGCUUUCUGAAGUUGAAACCCACUACGCAGACAAGACUGUGAAGGAGGUGAUGAAGGUGUAUGAUUGGAAGAGAACCGAGUUGACGAAACGAGGCGAGACCAUCUUAAACUGGCAGCGUCCUCCUCAACGGUUGAAGGGGCAACCCAGAUCAUCAAAGUGA